AUGAUUCCCAGAAGCUUCACAUUGCGCCUCGGCGCCCUUAAAUACCCUACAAAUCGCAUUUAUUCGUCACCGCGAACGUUUUCCUCCUUAACGGCUCGUUUGGCCAAGUCACAGCCACGACAUGCUCCGCCGAAACCCCCUUCGCCUCCGCGAAACCCGUCGAGCCAUUCCAAAACUGCGGCGAACUUCAGGUUUAUGGGUAAACGACCAGAGGGUUUUGGAAAAUUCGAGCAGAAAGUUGUUAAGGCCGGACGCGUUUUGCUUUUCGAAGCACCAUCGCAUGGCAGCUACAUACUCGGAGCCUAUGGCAUUUCCGCUUUCUGUUUUGCAUACGCCAUAAUCAACUCUACCAUGAACAUUGGAGAAAACCCUGCUAUAUGGCUGAAAGGUGCUUACUUUAGCAUGUGCGUUGUCAUGAGCGCGCUGGGUACAGUCUUCGUUUCCCGAGCGGGGAAACUGAUCAGGAAAAUCACAGCGGUUAGCUCAACUGAAGGUGUGAAGCUUCUGAUCGAUGUACGAUCAAUGAUACCAUUCCGAAAGCCAUAUACCAUAACAACUACACCUCGUCAGUUGGUAUUUGCCCGCAAGCUGGUGGUAGAUCCGAGUCGCGCAACCCCUGACGGCAAGUUACGUCUUCCUCCUACGACGCGAGUUUCCUUCUUCAAGAAUCCAGGAAAAGCUAUAAGCUACACCUUUUUCCAAUUCGUCUUAUCUUUUCGGCGGAUUUUUACCCAAGAGGACAUGAUACUGGUUGAAGUGGAUGGGUGGAGGGGACACUACCGAAUGGAUUCAAAUGGAUAUAUUUCCAAUGAUAUAUUCGCAAUUGGCACCCCUUUGAAGGCUCGAAAGUAG